AUGGAAGACAGUGAUAUGCAAACACAAUUUCAAGAAUAUUCAAAAAAAAUUAAAAGCAAUAGUAAAAACCAUAAUAAUGCAGAUCCCUUAUUAAAUAAAAGAGAAGAUGGAGAUGAUACGAUAAAUAAUGGCGUAUCCUCAAAUGCUAAUAAAGUCGACGAAUAUUCAAGUGAUGGUGACGAAACAGAUUGCCUUAGUGAUAUAAACAAAAAAGAUAUGGAUUCAAGCCCCAUAGACAUUGAAAGUAUUGAAAUGAGGCAAUCAAAGAGAAUGUCAGUUAGUGCUGAGGCAUAUGGAGAAUGGAAUAAAAAGAAAGAAAAUUUUAUAGCUAAAGUUCAUAAAAAAGAUGAUAAAGAAAAGAAAAAAAUUCGUGAAGCAUUAAAUGAGUCAUUUUUAUUUAAUCAUUUAAACCAUUUAGAAAUGGAAACAAUUAUCAAUGCAUUUUUUGAUGCCCAUGUAAAAGAAGGUGAUCAUAUAAUAAAUGAAGGAGAUGAAGGAGACUUAUUAUAUGUAAUAGAUGAAGGAGAAAUUGAAAUAUAUAAAACAAAAAAUAAUAAAAAAGAAGUAUUAACAACAUUAAAAUCAAAAGAUGUAUUUGGAGAACUAGCUUUAUUAUAUAAUUCAAAAAGAGCAGCAACAGCUAAAGCUUUAACUAAAUGUCAUUUAUGGGCAUUAGAUAGAGAAUCAUUUACAUAUAUAAUAAAAGAUAAUAUAGCAAAAAAAAGAAAAAUGUACGAAGAUAUAUUGAAACAAGUAACAGUAUUAAAGGAUAUGGAUCCAUAUGAAAGAUCUAAAGUUGCUGAUUGUUUAAAAUCAAAAACAUUUAAUACUGGUGAUAUUAUAAUAUAUGAAGGGGAGCAUGGAGAUACAUUUUAUAUUUUGAUUGAUGGAAAAGCUACUGCCCUAAAAAGUGGUCAAGUUAUUAAAACAUAUACAAAAGGUGAUUAUUUUGGUGAGUUAGCUCUUUUAAGAAAUCAACCAAGAGCUGCUACUAUAAAAGCAGAAAGUACAUGUCAAGUAGUGUAUUUAGAGAGAAAAGGAUUUAAAAGAUUGUUAGGCCCAAUAGAAAAAAUUUUAAUCAGAAAUGUUGAAAAUUAUAAACAAGUUUUAAAAGAAUUAGGAAUAGAUUCAUCAUGCAUUGAAGUAAAUUAA